AUGGAGACGCCAUCUGGCAUCCCCCAGCCGGCGCAAGGCCUGUCGCAGGGUGACAUUCCUCUUCGCCCGCACACCGAGGAACCGGCCGUAGUCCUUCCGAUGGCGCAUCCCCCGGCUCUUCCAGGCACUUCGUCGCAUACGCCGCAGAAACCCAACCUGGCCACCCGAACUGUGAACGCCGAGAAGAAGCAACAGGUCUCCUCCACCGCCGCGCCUGGCAGGAAAGUGGCUAUUCCUAGGCAGCGAGCCGCCGCCGCCCCACGUUACAGUCGACGGGUCCCCUUGGCAUGCGAGUCGUGUAGGCAGCGGAAAACUAAAUGCAGUGGCGAUACGCCCGUGUGCCGACAGUGCAAGGAGCUGAGAAUAUCCUGCCAUUAUCCGGUUUCAUGGCGGGAGAAGACUAAAGGGGAACUAGAUAAACUUGCUGUCAAGGUCACCGACUACGAGAAUAUACUGCGAGAUCUGGGUACCUUUGUUGAUGGCCGGGCUGCGGAGCGGAUCAAGGCGGUGCUGGACAAGCAUCAUAGUAAUGGAGAAUACACCCAAUCCAGCUCGGCAACCCCCCAGGACGACGGCAAUGAUGAUGAGGUGACCUCCCCUUCAUCCAUCGGAUCCUUGGAUGCAAUCGACCGGGUCGAAGAGGAUGUAAACCGCACCCCGAGCUCCAGAGCGACGGGUUAUAUGGGAAAGAAUUCCGAAGUCACUUGGAUGCAGCGCGUGCGCAUGGAGGCCGAACAACGUUCUCACAAACUACCUGGCCCCUUCGAGGCAGACCAAGAAGGCGAGUUUGCCAUCCACUCCGUUAAUUACCACCUUGAUGAUAUGGACAUUUCCGUACCUGGCCCUGUGCACGUGUACUGGAUGCCACCACGAAAGGUGGCAGACAAACUUUUCGAAGAUUACUUGGAAUCAGUGCACCCAUUCUACCCUAUCAUCAGCCGUACUCUCUUUAGUGCACAAUAUAGGACAUUCGUCGAGAGUGCCGCCCGUCCAGGGGACAAGUGGCUGGCUAUACUGAACAUGAUUUUUGCUAUCUCCGCCAAGCACGCCCACCUCACUCGGGCCCCGUGGCGUGGCGAUGAAAAUGAUCACCUGGUGUAUCUGACGCGAGCUCGGAUAUUGAGUAUGAACGGCGAUGUGCUGUUCAGCCACCCUGAUCUGCAACAGGUGCAGGUCGAAGGCCUGAUUGCCUACUAUCUACUUGCCUCGGAUCAGAUUAACAGGGCUUGGCGAAUUGCUUCUUUGGCGAUUCGUUCCGCAGUCACUCUCGGACUUAACAUGAAGAAUUCCAGCGAGGGAACGGCCAACAUCUCCAAGGAGGCCCGCUACAGGGUCUGGUGGUGUCUCUACACGUUUGAGCAUAUGCUUGGAAUCAUGACGGGACGUGCCUCGUGCAUCAGCGACGGCAUCUGCACCACUCCGUUUCCCCUUCCUUUCGAGGAGGAUCAGCUUCUGGAGCCCGCGGCAUCCAAGCUGCUGGACGAGCCCGAAUUGCGCCAGGAAUACAUAGAGACGGCACUCGCCUGUAUCUCUGUACGACUAAUGCCAUCUAACCCUAAAGGGGGCCGAAAUGCACAGUUGACAGAUAAGCCUCGUGACGUGACGUGGCUUAGAAGCCUUCCUGCCAGCAGCGCCCUCGGCUUCCUUUAUUACGUCGAUCUCGCUGUGAUCUCACAGGAGAUCGUCAACCGUGUUUACUCGCUGGAUUGCGUAUCCAUUCCUUGGAGUCAUAUUGAGAACCGCAUUGGUGAACUGCGAGCCCGAAUCGACGUGUGGUACGCCAAUCUUCAUGAGUCAUUUGACUUUACUCGGACCGAUGAUCAGCCCACGAUUAUGGUCCGUAGCAAGCUCUUCCUCGCCUUUCACUAUUACAGUGCACGAAUUACCCUAGGACGCCCCUGCUUGUGUCGUCGCGACGCACGACAGACCGCGUCCAACAAGAAAGAAACAUUUAGCCACGAGAUGGCGGUGAUCACGCUGGAAUCCGCGCAACAGAUGCUCGACUUGAUUCCCGAUGUGCCUGACGCUGUCCGUCUCUAUGAUAUCUGCCCCUGGUGGUGCAUUCUGCACUACCUCAUGCAGACAACAACCGUGCUGCUUCUUGAAUUAUCAUUUGGCAGUAUUCACAUGCCAGAUGAAGAGGCGAACUUCCUGGCUUCAGCGAAAAAGGCUAUUCGCUGGCUCUUCGCCAUGGCUGAGAAUAGCCUUGCCUCCCGACGCGCAUGGGAGUUGUGUUACGGCAGCCUCCGACAGAUCGCUACCGGUAUGAACUACGACAUUAGUGAUUUGCCCGCAAUCGGCUUUGAGGCCCAGGCCCAGACCCCAGCAUUCAACCCUACCCAACGUGUUUCCUCGACUCAGCCUGGAGAGACUGUACACACGGGGCCAACAUUUUACGACCCCGCAUCUGCUGGUUUCAACCACACCGUGCCAGUAUCCUCCUCCCAGGUUACUCAAAAUACCGUUAUGCCCCUCACUCAGGAUGACCAACCAUUCCUGGGCAUGUCAAUCCCAUCCUCCAACUCCUUACCCACGAAUUCGGAUUUGAACCCCGGAGGUGACUCCUAUUUCCCCUACGACCCGAUCAGCGGCGAAUUCAUCCGCUCCUUCUUCCCCUCUUCCACCGACGAGGAACAAUGGGAUGGAGUAUGA